AAAACAGCCACCGCCGGCCCUAAUCCUCCCCCCAAUUGAAUCCCUCCCCACCUCACCCACCCUCACUCGCUGCCUCCCAUCCGCCGCCGCCGGAGAUGUCGCGGACGCUGGUGCAGCCGGUGGGGCAGAAGCGCCUCACCAACGUGGCGGUGGUGCGGCUGCGCAAGCACGGCCAGCGCUUCGAGAUCGCCUGCUUCCCCAACAAGGUGCUCUCUUGGCGCGCCCGCGUCGAGAAGGACCUCGACGAGGUGCUCCAGUCCCACACCGUCUACUCCAACGUCUCCAAGGGCGUCCUCGCCAAAUCCAAGGACCUCAUCAAGGCCUUCGGCACCGACGACCAGACCAAAAUCUGCAUCGAGAUUCUGGAGAAAGGGGAGCUCCAGGUCUCCGGCAAGGAGAGGGAGGCGCAGCUCUCCAGCCAGUUCCGCGACAUCGCCACCAUCGUCAUGGAGAAGACCAUCAAUCCGGAGACGCGCCGGCCCUACACCAUCACCAUGAUCGAGCGCCUCAUGCACGAGAUACACUUCGCCGUCGACCCGAACCUCACCUCCAAGGAACAGGCUCUAAAAGUUAUCAAGAAACUCAUAGAGCACUUCCCCAUAAAGCGUGCACCACUGAGGGUGCGGUUCACUGCACCGAAGUCCAACUUUGCAGGCCUUAUUGAGAAGGUUGCUGAAUGGAAUGCUACUGUCAUUUCAAAGGAUGAAUCUGGCACUCAGCCAUCUAUUGUAUGUGAGAUUGAGCCAUCCAUUUUGCACUCAUGUGAGGAGCGGUUGAAGGAUGUGCAAGGGAGAGUGGAAGUGCUAUCUGUCUCAGCGCAUGCAGAAGGUGGCCCAUCUGUGGAGCAACAUGGCAUUGUUGAAGUGCCGCAAGCAGCGCCUGCGAAGGAGUCUGAUGCUGUUGCUGAGAUAAGUGAGGCAAUGCAAAAGCAGAGCAUCUCAAGUGAAAGCCAGGGCAAUGCACAAGGGAAGCAGCAGAGAAGAUGCAAGGAAUGUGACGUACUCGUGGAUGACAAGCUGUACAGAGAGCACUGCAAGAGUGGCUGGCACAAGCAUAACUACACGCGCCACAAGAACGGGCUCCCGCCUCUCAGCCAAGAGGAGUGCAUGGUGGAGAUUGAACUGGCCGACUCCAAGAAGGACCUUAAAGAUUACGAUUUCUGAUUAGGUGUGGACGCUAAUGCAGUCUGCCUAAUGCUUUGUUGGUCUCAUGUUAUCCAGGGCUAAGUAAUGGGAAGGGCGCAGGACAUGAAGGUGCUGCUGUGGUCCUUUUGUUUUUCCCUUCUUUUUCCCCCUGAGGACAGAUAUGGUCGAGUGCGGGUACUGAAUAGUGGAGCGGGUAGCCAAGUUUUACGAGAGGUAGCCAAGUUGUUGGAAUGGACUUAGUUGGAUAGUUUAGGUGCAAAAAAUAGAGUUUGUCAGUUUGUAUGUGAAGCCGAAUAAACUUUUGGUUGUAGCAAGCGUUUGGGAACGUGAAACUUUGCUUGUUGCGUUGGAAAAAGUUGAUACGACGUACCGAGAUCCUUUCUGGUU